UGCGUGCCCGUCUGCCCCAAGGGACAGGAGUACAACAAGUGGUCUCACAAGUGCGAAUGCCCCAAGGGAACCUCUUGGAAGUACGGCAAAUGCGUAAAGGACUGUCCUAAGGGCCAGACCUACAACCAUCACUCCCACCAGUGUGAGUGCCCCAAGGGAACUGAGUGGAAGUACGGCAAGUGUAUUCCCAAGUGUCCCCACGGCCAGUACUUCGACAAGCACCAGUGGAAGUGCGUCUGCCCCAAGGGCAAGAUCUUGGAGUAUGGCAAGUGUGUCUGCCCCGAGAACCAGGUCGAGGAGUACGGCAAGUGUGUCUGCAAGGACGGCUUCAAGUUAGAGUACGGAAAGUGUGUUCCCGAGUGUCCCAAGGGCCAGACCUACAAGCACGGCAAGUGUGUCUGCCCCGACGGCAAGAUCUACAACAAGUGGCACAAGAAGUGCGAGUGCCCCGACGGCAAGGUCGAGGAGUACGGCAAGUGUGUCUGCCCCAAGGGACAGAUCGAGCAGUACGGCAAGUGCUCGUGCCCCAAGGGCAAGUACUACGACCGCUGGAGCAAGUCUUGCAAGAAGGGCGGCUAUGGUGGACACUACUAA